AUAUCCUCUCCUCUUAAAUAUCACUCCCUCUGAUUCAUCUCUCCAUUUCUUUUCCUCUCUCAAUACUGUACACAAAAUUGCAAAUUAGCCAAAACUAGAACAAAAUGUCAGGUGGUGUUGGUCCAACAUGUAAUGACAUAAGCCUUCCAAACGAAAGAGAACAAGAACAGAAGCUCCAAGAAGACCUUGCUUCCUUGAAAAACCCUAAAAGCACUACCACUUCAAAGAAAGCUGGUUUCUUGAGCUUUCGUCAACUAAAUGUUCUUGCUGUUAUGACUGUCUUUGCUGCGAGUGGGAUGGUAAGCCCUGAAGACUUUGCUUUUGUUGUCUUCUCCAUCAUUUACUUGUACUUUUUCUCCAAAGUUGCAUUCCCGACCACCAACCCUCCUAGAGACUCUGUAGUUUUCGAUCCGAAAAACAAGAUUCUUCGCCUAUACGUGUUUGUGGGUGCUAUUAUUGGACUCUUUCUCCCCAUAGCAUACAUCUUUGAAGGCAUUUUCGAGGGAGAUAAAGAAGGGAUCAAGGCAGCAGCGCCGCAUGUUUUUCUCCUAGCAGCUCAGGUUUUCAUGGAAGGAGUGGCAUCUUCUGACAGGUUUUCGAUCCCAAUUCGUGUUUUCGUGCCUGUGUUUUAUAAUUCAAGGAGGAUUUUCACACUUGUGGAUUGGUUGAGGGAUGAGAUCUCAAAGGCGGAACAGGAUUAUGGAGGAUCUACUUGGAGGCUCCAUAUUGGUAGAGCUCUUGCUGUGGCUAACCUGGCCUUUUGGUGCUUCAAUCUUUUCGGCUUCUUGUUGCCUGUUUAUAUCCCUAGAGCCUUCAAGAAGUACUACUCUGGAUUCAAGGUCAAGGAUUAAAUCUGCCAUGGUUGUUGUUUCAUAAUUCAUUAGGAUGGAGUAGAAAAAUAAAAAUAUCUUAGUUUCUACAGCUUCAUAUGCUGUAAUUGUUUGCAAUAAUUAAGCAAGUGCUCCUGUAUUUUUUA